ACUGCUCCCCGCCUCCACACCAGCAGCGUCUACCACCUCUGCCGCUGUCCUCUUACGGGUCCCCCUUCAUCGCUCUAUCGCACACCCAGCAAAGUCCCUGCGCCCUGCCCUAGCCCCUCCUCAAGCGCCCCCCCUCCUCCGCCCCAGCUUGGCAACAGUUAAGGCCUAAUGCAGGCACCGCCUGGCCUCCAACGUGCGCGGGUCUGACGUCACUUCCGCCGGCGACCCCUUCCUGACCCUGCCCCACACACCUUGUUAAAGGAUCGGAGCCACCCGCAGAGGUGCUUGUGCACACCUGCUCCCUAGGGGCACAGGGACUGUCAUGGCCCCCAGCCACCUGUCAGUGCGGGAGAUGAGGGAAGAUGAGAAGCCCCUGGUGCUGGAGAUGCUGAAGGCUGCUGUGAAGGACACUGAAAACCGAGUGGCCCUCCACGCCCUGACACGGCCACCUGCCCUGCUCCUCCUGGCGGCGUCCAGCAGUUGCCUGCGCUUUGUGCUGGCCUCCUUUGCCCUGGCCCUCCUUCUGCCUGUGUUCCUGGCCGUGGUGGCCAUGAAGCUGGGCCUGCGUGCCUGGUGGGGCUCGCUGCCUCCACCGGGCGGCCUAGGGGGGCCCUGGGUAGCAGUGCAUGGCUCAGGUGAUGUGUGCGGGGUCCUGGCCCUGGCCCCAGGCUCUAACUCGGGGGGUGGGGCCCGGGUCACUCGCCUCUCUGUCUCCCGCUGGCACCGCCGCCAAGGCGUGGGCAGGCGGCUGCUGGCCUUUGCAGAGUCCCGGACACGUGCCUGGUCAGGGGGUAUGGGGGAGCCCCGGACCCGCCUCGUGGUCCCAGUGGCCGUGGCAGCUUGGGGCGUGGCAGGGAUGCUGGAAGGCUGCGGCUACCAGGCUGAGGGGAGCUGGGGCUGCAUGGGCUACACGCUGGUAAGAGAGUUCAGCAAGGACCUGUGACUCCAACAUGAGCACCUAUUGUGUGCAGGAACUUUCAUAUCCUCCCUGUGCGAAUCACCAGCCUGGUCAGGGCCCAGAAACUGAGGCCUACAGAGGAAAAGACAGCCUGAGGCCUGACUUUCGUGUCUGAACUUCUCAGAGUGGUCAACCUGUCUUCUGGCCCCCUGCCUCAGAUUCUGUCUGCACUGAGAGAUCACCCCAGUCUGUUUCUCUGCAAAGCCUACAUUGUUUGUGCUACCGGCCUGGGAGACAGAGAGAGGAGGAGAAGAGACUGAGCAAGUGUGCCCCACCAAGCGUUAGGACUUGGGGCAGGGGCAUCCCAAACUGGGAUGAGGCCCCCACCAUGAAUGGGGUGGGGUUUGAUGCCUGUGCUUGGAGAGGAUGAGUCCGGAGCCAGAGGGGAUGAGCAGAGCCUCUGCCGGGGUGGGUUUUCUCCUAGAGAGACCCUGCAAGGAGUGGGUGAGCACAGGGAGGCUGGCAGCCCCUCCCUGGGGGAAGGGGAUUGCUGAGAGGGGUGGCCAGACCCGUCUGGUUUUUUACACCCGAUUGUUAAUAAAGCCUGAAACUGC